AUGGAGAAGAGCAGUAGGUCGCGUGGUGCGUGGUUCACGUUUGCGUUUCUUCUCGCCGCUGUUCUCGUCGUCGAGGCGGCUGUGAUCGAUCGGCAAAGACGAGAAUUCGUGAUACCGGAUUGGAUUGAGAUCGUGGACGAGCCUGUCGCCGAGAACUCGCAGACAAUUCAAAGGGCGGUUAGAGUUAGGGAUGCCAAGGUGAAUUACGGGGGAGCACAGGUGUGGAGGGUUCAAGCCUCCGAGAGUCAAAAGGACCUGGUGUCGAAUGUGACGAUGGACUUUCAAGAAGCUGGAUUGCUCUCGUUAUGGGCUAGCAACGAAACAGGAGUAGAUGUGAUGAUUCGUUCAGAAGAAAUUCCGAGAGUGGCUCGUUAUUUGCAACAAAAGGAUCUACAAUUCCAAGUGGUAAUCGAAGAUGUGCAGAAAGCGAUAGACGAAGAAAAUCCAUCGCUUUCCGAAGAAGAGAUGGAGGAACUGGAAGGUCGCAGAGGUCAUCGAAUGGAGUGGACAAGUUACCAUCGCCUCGAAGACAUCCAUGGAUACCUUGAUUACCUGGCUGAGACUUUUCCAGACGUCUGUUCUGUAGUCAGUAUUGGAAAUUCUGUCGAGGGACGACCUCUUAAGGUUUUGAGAAUCAGCAAUGGGAAGCCCAAUGAGCAUGCAUUAUGGAUCGAUGGGGGAAUCCACGCUCGUGAAUGGAUCUCCCCAGCUGCGGUAACUUACAUCAUCAACCAUCUGGUUGAAAACAGUGAAGAUUUAGAGGCUGAUUACUAUAUCCUCCCUGUAGCGAAUCCUGAUGGAUACGAAUACACGUUCACGAGGGAUCGUUUAUGGCGAAAGAACAGGAAACGUCCUGUAGGUAGCAUGUGCACCGGAAUUGAUCUAAACAGAAACUUCGGUUAUCGCUGGGGUGGUAUGGGAACCAGCAAAGAUCCCUGCCGUGAAAUCUACGCAGGUUCCGGGCCGUUCUCCGAACCGGAAACGAACGCCAUUCGGAAUUUCUUCGAGGCUAGCGCUGCUAACUUCAAAGCGUACCUGACGUUUCACAGUUACGGUCAGUAUAUUCUAUACCCAUGGGGUUACGACAAACGCGUCCCACCGGAUUACGCGGAUCUGGAAAGGGUUGGAAGACAGGUAGCCGCGGCGAUGAAGAAAGCAGGUGGGGCAAACAGCGAGUACACGGUCGGAAACAGCGCUACCACUCUGUAUGCGGCUUCCGGUGGUUCCGACGACUGGGCAAAAGCGAUUCUAAAGAUGAAAUACGCUUACACGAUCGAGCUAAGAGACACUGGAAAGCAUGGUUUCGUUUUACCAGCUCGUUACAUCGUCCCGACAGCGAAGGAAGCAUUGGCCGCGGUAAUGAUCGUCACAGAGGCUUGCAAAUUAUUGUAA